AUGUCUUUUCUAUCGAAUCUGAAAAAAGCAUUCCACUUCGGUGGAAAUGAUGCUAAAAAGAAAAAGCUGUAUAAUAACAUAAAAAUGGAUUGUGACCCUUCUGAAUUUUGGGACAUGAUUGGAGAACUCGGAGACGGUGCUUUUGGUAAAGUUUACAAGGCGCAACAUAAACAGACGCAACAGCUGGCUGCUGCAAAAAUGUGUGCACUGGAAGGCGAAGACGAUUUGAGUGAUUUUAUGAUAGAAAUCGAUAUUUUAUCGGAGUGUAAACAUCCUAAUGUUGUUGAAUUACACGAAGCCUAUUUUAUCGAUGGAAAAUUAUGGAUGUUAAUUGAGUACUGCGACGGUGGUGCUGUUGAUUCGAUAAUGGUUGAAUUAGAAAAACCAUUGACUGAGCCCCAAGUAUCCUAUGUAUGUCAACAAAUGACCAAAGGCCUUACUUUUUUACAUAAAUCGAAAAUAAUUCAUCGAGAUUUAAAAGCUGGAAAUGUUCUACUGACUAUGGCUGGUGGUGUUAAAAUUGCUGACUUUGGUGUAUCCGCAAAAAAUAAACACACGUUGCAGAAACAUGAUACUUUUAUUGGUACGCCUUAUUGGAUGGCUCCGGAAGUUGUUUUAUGUGAAACAUUUCGUGAUAAUCCUUAUGACUUCAAAGUCGACAUUUGGUCACUUGGAAUAACACUUAUAGAAUUUGCUCAAAUGGAACCGCCAAAUCAUGAAAUGUCUCCAAUGCGAGUACUUUUAAAAAUUCAAAAAAGCGAUCCACCAAAGCUGGAGCAGCCCGGAAAAUGGAGUAAAGAGUUCAAUGAUUUUAUUGCUAAAGCAUUGAUAAAAGAUCCUCAGACACGACCAACAGCAGAUGAACUUCUCAAGCAUCCAUUUAUUAAUCGCACACUUGAUUCAAAGCCCAUUCGGGACCUACUGUUAGAGUAUAAAGCUGAUGUUGUUGAAGAAGAGCUUGUUGAUGAGGAAGCUGAAGAGCAACGCACGUCGCAGUUACCUCUGGAGUUGGACCAACUCGGAGAUGAUUCAACGUCGAUGCGCAGCGACACUGAAGUUAAACUUGUUGAAAGGGAGAAUCUUGUGUCGCCGGAAUCACCGAAGAAAGAAGAAAGCAACAAACGUGAGAUUAAUCGUGAGGGUGAAAAAGAAGAAAAGAAUAAAAAACUUCGUAAAGCAGAAUCUAAAGAAAAUAUUGCUUCGUCUGUUGACAAAAAAACUGCACCAAAACCUCCAGCAUCGUGUGAAUUAAGUGAACGCCGUUCGUCUCGCGAUAAAGGACCAGCACCACCUCCACCACCAGCAAUGCGACAAAAUAGCAAAAGCGAGGACGCUGAAUGCGCUGCUAAAGUUCCCGAAAAGUCGAGUUCUGGAGAAGCGAAUGAGCGUUCAUGUUCACUUGAUGAUAAUAAGGACCAAGAAAAACUUAAACCCGUAGAAAAUAAUUUGAAUAUUUCCGCAGUGUCUUCAGUAGCGUCGGUAGAUAAAAAGAUGACAGAUGAGGUUGAAGAUGCAGCUGAAACGAGUGUCAAGAAAAAUGACUGUAAGGAUGAUAUUAAAGAGAAAAUUGAAUCGGUUCUUAAGACUGAGGAGAGUUCAGAAACAUUAUUUACUCCGAAACAAGAUUCUACUGAAGAAUCAAAUAGAGCUCAAGAAAGUCAAAAACCCGAAAAACAACGACCUAGCACUAAAAAUUUGGAAGCAAAGCGUCGAUCAGUGGAAGAAAAACUGACAGCAGUUUUAGAAAAGCGUAUUUCAAUGGUUACAGACAAGUACCAGCCUCCAAUCGUAAUCGACAAAAAUUCAAAAGCUAGUUCUGUAGAAAACAUAAAAACAGACUAUGAGCAGCCUCCAAAAAGUGAAUUAACAAAGAGCCGUAGUAUUGAUUCAUCAAGAUUAGAUUCUUCGGACAGUAAAUUCGCUCCUGAAUUCCAGAGUCCAUUUUCUCAUGACCGUGAUUUAUCAACAGUCGACAGUUCCAAUCGCGACUCAAAUUUGAAUGUGUCCGUAAUAACGUCAACUCCAAACCGCAAUGUCGGCAACCGGAGUACAUCGAGAAGAGACAGCAGCGACGUAGUAGUUAUAACAGGAAAAUCUCUAGACGUGGACGUUCGAUCAUCAUCAUCAUCGACGACUGUCCGGAUAACAUCUGAAUCUCCAGACUUGUCUAAUAGCUUAGCAUCCAACAUAAGUCAAGUCACUGUUGUAACGACUCACCCGCCGGUUUUGAUAGACGCAACGUCUACGCCUCCUUUGCGACCUCCGUCAUCAGAAGUGGUGAUUGUCGCUAAUGAAACAAACAAAACUCAAGUAAACGAAAGCUCAACUGACGACGAUGGGUUUACAAGCCUGGAUUCACUGGAAUAUACGCCUCAAGAACAGCCGAUUGUUGUAACAGAAGUGUCCAAGCAAAUUGGAAAAAAAUUGGAUGAAUCCGAGGUGGUAAUUGUUAGCCCGAUUGUCGAUGAACUUCAGGAUACUAGUCACGUAUCUGUGGUGACUGUCGGCGAUGAAAAAGAGCAGGUUAAAGACUCAUCAAUCCUUGGCUCCAAGAACAUCAUCAAAUCUGGACCAGCUUACGGUACUACCGUGGAGUCCUCGGAUGUUGAUGAAGUUAAUGGUAAUUUGAAGAAGAUGAAUGGAAUUACCAACAAACCAAAAGAAUUGAAAACAAAACGAAUCUCAUCGGAGUGUUACGAUGGCUCGAGGUCUCACAGCGACUCGAGUUCUACCCGGUCUCAUACUCCAAACAAAAGUAUCGACCGUUCGGAUGCUGAGUCUAUUUCAACGACAAUUAGUCAAGACAGUCGUGGAUCUAAUAAAGAAAAUCACACAGAAUCUCGUCAAUCGGAAGAAGUUGACACUGUUGUUCUGAGACGUAAACCUGAGUAUACUCGAGAGGUAACACGUACCAGAACGAAAGAAGAUAUACAGUUGAUGAAUUUGAAGAAGAAAACGAGAAAAAGAACGCGUAAAUUUGAAAUUGACGGUAUUGUUGUCACAACAACAACUUCUAAGGUUAUUUAUGGUGACGACGAAAAUGGACGCGUGUAUGACGAUCAAAUAUUCCGUAAGCAGGAAUUGAGAGAACUUAAAAUGCUGCAAAAAAUGGAACAAAAACAGUUCCAAGAUUUGACGCAGAAAUCUCAGUUUACAAAAGACCAGCAGGAAAGAAAAUUCGAACAAGAGAGACAGAUGUUGGAGCGUAACGCGGAUACUGAUUUGGAAAGCUUGGCUAAAAAUCAGCGGCAACAAAUUGAACGGGCUGAGGCUCAGCAGGAGGCGGAUCUACGUUUAUCUUCUAGGAAAAUACGCGGUGAACAAGAUCGGGAAUUGAAGCAAUUCCGUGAGGGGUUGAAGCAAGAGCUAAGACUUUUAAAACAAGAGGUUGAUUUAAUGCCAAAGGAAAAACGAAAGAAUGCAUUCAAAGCUAAAAAAGAAAAACUAGAAGCCGAGCAUGAAGAAAGAGAAAAAAUUUAUGUUGAAAAAUUGCAUGAAAGUCAUGAUAGUACAUUACGAAGAUUAUCUGAUUCUCAUCGUGAAAAAAUAGCGUUAAUGGAACGGCAAUUUUUACAACAAAAGCAACAACUUAUGCGCGCUCGUGAGUCUGCUAUUUGGGAGUUGGAAGAACGGCAAAUUCAUGAAAAACAGCAACUGUUGAAAAAACAACUUAAAGAUAUAUUUUUUUUACAACGACAUCAAAUGCUUAUAAGGCACGAUAAAGAGUUGGAACAGAUGAAACGAAUGAAUUUAAGGAAAGAAGAAGAAUUGAUUAAACGUCAAACGGUUGAGCGCAGAAAUUUACCCAAGAGAAUUCGUAAUGAAAUGAAAGCACGGGAAAUGAUGUUCAGAGAAUCUAUGAGAAUUUCUAUUUCAACUACACUCACACCAGAUCCAGAUGCCGAGCGAGAGAAACUUAAAAAAUUUCAAGAAAAUGAGAAAAAACGGUAUCGCGCUGAACAGCAGAGAUUUGAGCUUAAGCACGCGAGGCAGUUGGAAGAAAUGCGAGCCCAAAGUGAUGCUACUAUUAAAGAGCUUGAGCAGUUGCAAAAUGAGAAAAGGAAGAUGCUGAUGGAGCAUGAAACAAUGAAACUUAAAGAGCAGGAGGAAACUUAUACUAAAGAGCUCAGGGAGUGGAAAGCUCUGUUGAAACCUCGAAAGCAGAAUUUAGAGGCGGAACUGGCAAGUGAAGUAGAAGCAUGGGAGUUACGUUACAAAGAUUACCUAUCGUCGUGGCAUUCCCGCAUUUCUCUUGAUACUCUUACACAGAGAACGAUGUCAACAACAGACAUCUGGAAACUGUCCCCAAAACUUACACGCUCCUCUCCUAAUUCACCGACUCCUAUCAGUAUCCCAAGAGUAACACUUAGAAAUGGCUCAGAAACUAAUUCCAUUGCUGGAACACUAUCCAGACCUUCUAGUAGAUUGGAAGAAAUAUUUGUAUUACAAUUGGAAGAACAAGAAGCAAUAUUUGGUCCAAAUUCAACUCCUUUAUGUCUACCAUCAGAUCUUCCGGAUUUAACUCACACAGCAGGUUCAACGCGAAGUUCACUGUCUUCCGUAAGCGAGGGUUGA